AUGCCAGGCGACGUCGAAAACGGCACCGGCGAAACGGAAUCCCUGCUCAGCCGAGGCCGACAUCAGGUGAAGCGCUUCUUUGAUGGCUUCGUCGACUUCGCCUUCCAGGGCAACAUUCUCCAGAUCGCCUUCGGUCUAAUCAUCGCCAACGUCUUCACCGAUCUCGUCAAGUCCUUUGUCAGCGCUAUCCUCAUGCCCCCCCUCGCCGUCAUGUUCCCGAUCAACAAGAACGUCGAGGAGAAGUUCGCGGUGCUCCGGCCCGGAGACACGUACAACAGCAGCACGGGGUACAACACGCUGCGCCAGGCGCUGGACGACGGGGCCGUGGUCAUGGCCUACGGGUCGUUUGUUUACCAGGUCAUCUCGUUCGUCAUGGUGGGCUUUGCCCUGUACGGGCUGGCGCACGUAUACACCUUGGUCUCGCGGGACCCGAUCAUCAAGUAUACCAAGAAGUGCAAGUACUGCCGGAAGCAGAUCAAUGAGAAGGUCGGUCGGUAG